ACCCCCCGCCGCCAAUUUUUUCCCACUCCGACGACUCCAAAAAAAAAGAAAAAAAACGCGAAUAAACACUCUCUCAGCUAGAGAAAGAAAGUCAAAGAAAAAAUAGAGGAAGAAGAGCAGGCAUUAAUGGCGGAAGGAAAAGAGGAGAAGAAAGCUACGAACGAAGAGAACGUGAAGCUGUUCGUCGGUCAAGUUCCGAAGCACAUGACGGAAGCUCAAGUCCUCGCAAUGUUCGAAGAGUUUGCUUUGGUUGACGAAGUCAACAUCAUCAAAGACAAGGCUACUCGCGUCUCUAGAGGGUGUUGCUUUGUUAUAUGUCCUUCAAGAGAAGAGGCUGAUAAGGCGGUCAAUGCCUGCCAUAAUAAGAAGACUUUACCAGGGGCAUCUAGCCCAUUGCAAGUGAAGUAUGCAGAUGGUGAGUUGGAAAGAUUAGAGCACAAACUCUUUGUUGGCAUGCUGCCAAAGAACGUCUCAGAAGAUGAAGUUUCAGCUUUAUUUUCUAAAUAUGGAACCAUAAAGGAUCUACAGAUUCUAAGAGGUUCUGAACAAACAAGUAAAGGCUGUGCGUUUUUGAAGUAUGAGGCAAAAGAACAAGCCUUGGAGGCCCUGGAGGCCAUUAAUGGGAAGCAUAAAAUGGAGGGUUCAAGUGUCCCUCUCGUUGUCAAAUGGGCAGAUACAGAAAAGGAAAGACAAGCUCGGAGGAUCCAGAAAGCUCAAUCUCAAGCUUCGAACAUACCAAAUGCUGAUUCACCACAUCCUUCAUUGUUUGGAGUCUUGCCAAUGGGUUAUGUUCCCCCAUAUAAUGGAUAUGGUUAUCAGGCUCCAGGAAGUUAUGGACUUAUGCAGUACCGCUUGCCACCAAUGCAGAAUCAACCUGCGUUCGACAAUAUGAUUCCUUCUGUGAAUCAAGGAAGUUCAUUGCGGGGAAUUACACCUGAUCUUGCAUCCAAUAUUGCUCCUAGAAAUUAUGCUGUACCUCCUACAAGUUAUGUGGGUUCAGCUUACCCAGCUGUGCCAGGUCUUCAGUACCCCAUGACAUAUCCUGGGGAAAUCAUGGGCCAUCAUCCGUUUACUAGUUCACCUGGUUCAGUGCCACAAGCAAAUGCAAGCAGUAAUUCUUCAUCAUCUUCCCCUGUUGGUGCAAAUUCAGGAGGCCAGAUUGAAGGUCCACCUGGUGCAAAUCUAUUUAUUUAUCACAUACCUCAAGAAUUUGGUGAUCAAGAGUUGGCUAAUGCUUUUCGAGGAUUUGGUAGGGUCUUAAGUGCAAAGGUUUUUGUUGACAAAGCAACAAGAGUUAGUAAAUGUUUCGGAUUUGUUAGUUAUGACUCUCCAGCAGCUGCUCAAAAUGCAAUAAACAUGAUGAAUGGAUGCCAAUUAGGUGGUAAGAAACUCAAGGUUCAGCUUAAGAGAGACAACAAACAAAACGAACCUUAUUGAUUGAUAGGGUAGUCUUGGAAGGAAGCAGAAAAUGUUUGUAACAUUUGGUCACAUGGAAUUUGGACAUAUUUGACUGGCUGCGGUAUCAGCCUUUUGGGUGGAUGUGGAUAAUCUGUGGUCACAUGUUUCACUCUAUCCAUUUAGUUGUUUCAUGGGAUCAAAUUCCCAGGCACUUGUAAUUUAUGGUGCAUUGCAUGCCUAUGCAAUUUGUAUUCUGUGUAUCAUUGAAUUCGAUUUAGAUACUAAAUAUUAAUUUAUUGAUUUUUCCUCGAUAA